GGGAGGAGGGUUCUGUUUCCCAGCGCCAAAGUCCGGAUCCUGAGCGUAUUGCCGAGUCCGCCCAGCCUCUUAGACUUCUUUACUUUAGGAUUUCUACUGGCUUCGGGCUGUAGAAGGACCCCCGGAGACCCUCAAGCCUCGCAAUGAAUUCAACCAUGUAUCGAUCAGGACCUGGGCUUUUCUUUGUUGGAGGCAGUGAACUUUGAGGAUGUGGCUGUGAACUUCACCACCGAGGAGUGGGCCUUGCUGGAUCCUUCCCAAAAGCAGCUUUAUAGAGAGGUGAUGUGGGAAAACUUUAGGAACAUGGUUGAUAUAGGAAAAAAUUGGUAUGGCCAGCAAAUUGAACAUGAAUACAAAAAUUACAGGAGAAAUAUAAGAAGUGAAGAAGUAGAGGAAUGCUGUCAAUAUAAAUUAUGGUCUGAGCAUGAACAAAUGAGAUUUUGGGCUCCAGAUAUUAAUAUGAACAUGGAACCAGUUGACACAAAACCAGGUGAAAGAUCUGCUUGCAGAAAGCCCUUAACUGGUAAAUUAUUUCCAGAAGUUCUCACCAUUGCUAACACUAGACUCAAAUCACAUGAGUGUCAGGGAUUUGAAGAUGAGAAAACCUGCACUGACAUCCACUUCUUUCAUAAGCAUGCAAACCAAUGCCCUGGAGAGAAACACUAUGAGUAUAAGCAAACUUUAACAUUGUACUCUGUUCUUCUUGAAGGAAAUAACACAGAAGAGAAGUCCUUUGUCUUUGAGCAAGAUGUGAAAGCCUUCAAUACAUCCACCUAUGUUCAAAUUGGGGAAAGAUACCCCAGUGAAGUGAAUACCUAUGUAUGUAUACAAUAUGAAAAUGGUUUUAAUUUUCAGCAUGAUAUUCAGAUACAGGAAAGAGCUAACACUGUAGAAAAUCACUCUGGAAGUAAAAACUAUGGGGCAUUAUACAGUAAUAACUUUUCAUUUUGGGAAUGCAAAAAACUUCACACUGUGAAGAAACCCUGUAUGUGUAAGCAAUAUGUGAGAGCUCUCAGUAGCCAAGGUCAUUGUCAAAUACUAGAGAGAACUGACACUACAGAAAAAUCCUAUAUUUGUAACCAGUGUGGGAAAGCUCUCAGAUCACAAAGUAAUUGUGAAACACAGGAAGGAGUUCACAGUAGAUUAAAACAAUGUGUGUGUGAGCAAGGUGUGAAUACUUUCAGCACACACAGGCAUUGUCAAAUGCAUGAAAUAACUCAUUCUGGGGAGAAACUCUAUAUAUGUAACCACUGUGGGAAAACUUUCAGCAGAUACAGUCAUUGUCAAAUUCAUGAAAGAACUCACACUGGGGAGAAACCCUAUGUGUGUAACCACUGUGGGAAAACUUUCAGCAGCCACAGUCACUGUCAAAUCCAUGAAAGAAUUCACACUGGGGAGAAGCCCUAUGCAUGUAUUCAAUGUGGAAAAACUUUCCACACACAAGGUAAUUGUAAAAGUCAUGAAAGAACUCACACUGGGGAGAAACCUUAUGGAUGUAAACAAUGUGGGAAAACUUUCAGCACACAGAGUACUUGUAAAAGGCAUGAAAGAACUCACACUGGGGAAAAGCCCUAUAUAUGUAACUGCUGUGGGAAAAGUUUCACCAGACACAGUAGUUGUAUAAGACACGAAAGAACUCACAAUGGAGAUAAACCCUAUGUAUGUAACCACUGUGGGAAAACUUUCACCAGAUACAGUCACUAUCAAAUUCAUGAAAGAACUCACACUGGGGAGAAACCCCAUGCAUGUAUUCAUUGUGGGAAAACUUUCCACACACAAGGUAAUUGUAAAAGUCAUGAAAGAACUCACACUGGGGAGAAACCCUAUGGAUGUAACCACUGUGGGAAAACUUUCAGCAGGCACAGUCACUGUCAAAUUCAUGAAAGAAUUCACACUGGGGAGAAGCCCUAUGCAUGUAUUCAAUGUGGGAAAACUUUCUACACACAAGGUGAUUGUAAAAGUCAUGAAAGAACUCACACUGGGGAGAAACCUUAUGGAUGUAAACAAUGUGGGAAAACUUUCAGCACACAGGGUACUCGUAAAAGACAUGAAAGAACUCAUACUGGGGAAAAGCCCCAUACAUGUAACUACUGUGGGAAAGCUUUCACCAGACACAGUAGUUGUAUAAAACAUGAAAGAGUUCACACUGGAGAUAAACCCUACCUGUGUAACCACUGUGGGAGAAGUUUCAGCAGUCGCAAUCAUUGUCAAAUUCAUGAAAGAGCUCACACUGGGGAGAAACCCUAUGAAUGUAAGCAAUGUGGGAAAGCUUUCAGUAGAUACCGCCAUUGUCAAGCCCAUGAACGUACUCACAGGGGGAAACGUUAUGUAUAUAAAUAGUUUGAAAAUGCAUAAACUAUAUACAUGUAUUGUUAAAUUUGUGAAAGAACUCUAAACUGGAAAAAAGACUUUAGUUAUCUAUUAAUCAUCACAGACUUAAAAAUGUAAGGGGAUUUAUGUGUGAUAAUAUAAUUUAACUUGCACAAACAUUAAAAGACAGUGGAGAGAAGUUUUCUUUGUAAACAGUUUAAAGAAUCUUUCAAUACAUGGAGAUAACACUACAUAAAUAAAAGAAUAUAAUGAGAACCUGAAUAUA